UUUCAACUGCUGCACCACCCCCAAACUUUUGACGCAGAGCGCAUCUCCUGGCGAUUUGUCAUCUAUCUGAACCUGCUCCGUUCCGUGCGAAGGAUCCUCGACGCAAUCUCGCCAGAGGCGGACGCCGCGCACAGUGGAGUGAGCGAUGGCUGCGCAGAGGCGACCGAGCCGGCCACAAUCGUGUCCGGCGCGAGAAAUGGACAUGGGCACGCCGGCGCGGCCGCGCCCCAGAGAAAGGGUGGCAUCCCCUUCGAGCGGUACGUGCGCACCCUCGCGCCGCUCUUCGACCUGGAGCACCGCCUGCUCACGCAGUUCUCGAACCCGGAGGACAACGUCGACAGGGAGCCGACAUGCCUCCCGCCCGCAGCCGGCAGCGCGCACGCGCACGACGGAGAGGCGCGUGGCGAGGCGCUCCCUCCGGUCGUCACCCCCGCUUCUGGCUCGCGCUCGCUGCCGACGUCGCCCAUCGCCCAGGGAAGCGAGCCGUCGGUGCACACAACGUCGAACUGGAAGAAGACGCUGUCGCUCAGGAGGAUGCAGAGCCUGAAGAACGUGGAUUUGGACGAGCCACAGAACUGGUGGGAAGACCCGGACGACCCCGUGCACACCAUCAACCGCUACGCACCGUACAUCGCGAAGCUAUGGAGGGACGAGAGAGUUAAGCGGAGGCUAUUAGAGAGACGCAUCAGGCUCGAGGAGAGCAGUGGCUUUUACCUCGACGAGCUGGACCGCAUCACAGCCAAGAUGUACUUCCCCACCAAUGAUGACGUUCUCAAGGCGCGACUGAAGACGACAGGCGUUAUCGAGUGCACGUUCAUGGUCCCGAACCCCGAGUUCCGCGGCGUCGAGUGGAAGAUCUACGAUGUCGGCGGCGCGCGCCCGCAGCGGCAGGCGUGGGCACCGUACUUUGAGGACGUUGAUGCCAUAAUCUUCCUCGCGCCCAUCAGCGCGUUCGAUCAGGUGCUCGCAGAGGACCCGCGGAUGAAUCGACUGGAAGAUUCGCUCUACUUGUGGCGGUCGGUGGUAUCGAACAAGAUGUUGGCGAAUGUGAGCAUAAUCCUGUUUUUGAACAAGUGUGAUCUCCUACGGAAAAAAAUUGAAAGAGGCGUGAAGCUGCGGGAUUAUAUGAUAACUUACCGCGAUAGACCGAACGACUAUGACACGGUGUUUAGCUACCUCAAGCUCAAAUUCUCUGUAAUUUUUUGGCACUCCCGAACAUCGGACCGUGAACUUUACACUCACGGAACUUCGAUGAUAGAUACACGAAGCACGCGAUCUAUUAUCUUCAAUGUGCGGGACAUCAUUUUGCGAAGGAUUAUAGAAAGCUCCGACUUGCUAUAAGGUUAUUUUGUUACACUGUCUUACCUUUCAAAGUUCCACUGCCCCCCUUACACACAUAAUCUCUCUGCACCGGCCCUUCUCUGCAAUGGCAACAUCUCAUAUGGUCUGUAAUUUUUAGUCUGCUUGCUGUAUAUUUCCUCUCCUCCGCGUACAGUACUCGUCUCGUAUUCAC